GUUGCUGUUGAUCUGAUGAGCUUCAACACGAUAUAUUUGAUGCUGAUGUUGGUCAGAAUGGCUCCUGCUCUUCCUCUGAUCUUUCUGCUCAUGAUUCACAGUGUUUCUAGUGCUGGUUGGGGUGUGAGUUACAGUCCUUCACACAUCUGUGCACUAAAGAACUCAUCAGUGAUAAUGAGCUGCACUUAUACAUACCCUACUGGACAUCAGAUCAAGAAAGUGUUCUGGACAAAAGUCUUUAUAAGAGGUAAUAAUAAAAAUAAAGGUAUAGAUCCUCCAGAUCUGUCUAAUGACAUUGAAUACAGUCAGAGGCUUCAGUAUCUGGGAGAUAAACAGCAGAACUGCACCAUCAGACUGAGUCAUGUGACACUGAAGGAUUCACACAUGUACUAUUUCAGAUUCAUCACUGAUAAAGACAAAUGGACUGGUAAAACAGGAGUGACUCUUUCUGUCACAGAUCUUCAGGUGGAGUCUCCUGAGAGAGUGACAGAGGGAGAUUCAGUCCGUCUGACAUGUAAAAGCAGCUGCACUCUGACUGACAGAGCAACAUUCAUCUGGUACAGAAACUCACAGCCAUUAACUGAGAGAAGAGACAGAAACAAUGAACUCCUGCUGCAGUCAGUCAGAAGAGAGGAUGCAGGCAGAUAUAGCUGUGCUGUACACGGACACAAUCACAUCUCUCCUGCUGUUCAGCUCAAUGUCACGUAUCCUCCAAAGAAAGCCUUGGUGUCCAUCAGUCCAUCUGGUGAAACAGUGUCAGGAGAUUCAGUGACUCUGAUCUGUAGCAGUGAUUCAAACCCUCCUGCAGAAAUCAGCUGGUUUAAAGGAGGAACAUUUGUAGGAUCUGGAAGAAUCUACAACAUCUCAAAGAUCAGCUCUGAUGACAGUGGAGAAUACAAGUGCAGAUCCAUCAAUGAACAUGGAGAGAAAUACUCUGAUGCUGUGACUUUAAACGUCAUGUGUGAGUUAAUGAUGGUUCAGUAACUGUGGUAACCAUCAAUUUAA